AUGUCCGCCCACGACUAUUACAACACUGGCUACAGCAAUCAUCCGCCGGCAUACCAACAGGCCGACCCUCCCAGUCCUCACUCCCCUCCCGGUUACACAGGUGCCAGCACGCAUCCCUACACGACCCCUGAGAAUGAUCCGCAUCACCUCCGCUACAGUCAACAAUCGCUAGGAUCCGACAACGGCGCUUACGUCGCCGGUGGGCGACUAAACGAUGAACACCAGUACGCCGAAAACAUACCCCUCAAAGAACACACUGCGUAUUCGAACGGUCCGCCGCCGCCGCACUGGAUGCAGCAUCCCACGCAAUACCCUCCCGACCCUACCAUGGAACCCCCCAUGGGCCCGAAUAGCCGACGAAAGCAGCGGAAAGGAUUCUUCAAGAAGAAGAUCGCGUGGGUGACGUACACUCUGACGGUGGCUCAGAUCGUGGUUUUUAUCGUGGAGUUGGUGAAGAGCGGACAACUCACGGGCUCGCCGAUUGAGACGAAGCCUCAGUUCAACCCGAUGAUUGGACCGUCGGCGUACAUCCAGAUCAACAUGGGCUCGCGGUACACGCCGUGUAUGCGAAACGAAAACAAGGUUCAGAACUCAAAGAUUGAGUUCCUGAUGCCGUGUCCCAACUCCACGACGAACGCCUUGGAAUGCACACUGUCCGAGCUGUGCGGCUUCAACGGCGUACCCAACCCAACUGUGAAUGGCUCGCUCGAUGCGAAGCCCGCGCCCAACCAGUGGUGGCGCUUUAUCAUUCCCAUGUUCCUCCACAGUGGAAUCAUCCAUAUCGGCUUCAAUCUACUAGUUCAGAUGACGAUGGGUGCAGAUAUGGAGCGGAUGGUGGGUUGGUGGCGGUACGGACUGGUCUAUUUCGCCAGUGGCAUCUGGGGAUUCGUGCUAGGUGGAAACUACGCCGCUCCGUUUGAGGCCUCCUGCGGCUGUUCGGGCGCGCUGUUCGGGAUUCUCGCCUUGUACAUUUUGGAUCUUUUGUACACAUGGAAGGACCGCGCUUCGCCAGUCGUGGAGCUGGUCAUCAUGGUCCUCGGAGUGGGCAUUUCGUUCGUCUUAGGACUGCUCCCCGGAUUGGACAACUUCUCCCAUAUUGGUGGGUUCGUCAUGGGUCUAGCUCUCGGUCUGACCUUGAUGAGAUCGCCCAACGCGCUGCGCGAACGUAUCGGACUGGCCCGGGCCCCGUAUGUGGCCAUGAGCGGCGGGGUUGCGUCGACUUCUGAAGGGGAGACCAAGCCGGCGGGUUCGAAGUCCUCAUUCAUGGACUUUUUCAAGGCCCGUAAGGCUGGAACUGCUACGGCAGACAACCCCGGUCCGGUGGGCUUCUUCAAGGGUCGCAAGCCGCUGUGGUGGGCGUGGUGGUUGGUUCGUUUGGGCGCGCUGGUUGCCGCCCUGAUCGGCUUCAUUCUCCUUCUGGUGGACUUUUACAAGUACCACGAGUCGAACUGCUCGUGGUGUUACCGCCUGAGCUGCUUGCCGGUCAAGGACUGGUGUCAACAGGGCAUGGAGCCAUACAAGAUUACCACGACCAACUCUACGAGCGGCAGUUGA